AAAACACGUAAAGCAUUUACACAAAAUGUAGAGGAAAUUCGAAGCCGGCCACGGCGAAUCACAAGAAGAAGUCAAGGCACCUCCAAUUCCAAAGCAAAGAGAAGAGAAUUUGAGAAUAUCCCACUAUUAUGUGACUAGUUAAUCUCAAGAUACUCUUGCUAACCAUCGACUCUUCCGCCCCGACGAUGGCGACGUGGGACACGGACACCCACUUGCCGUUUUUAAGUCGAUGGAUAUUUUUGAGCCACUGAUAUAAAGUGAAGAAGAGAAUUAUUGAGUGCCAAGAGAAAUUGAGUAGAAAGCGUACAAGCAGGAACAAAUAUCUCUCUCCUUCAAAAGCAACAUGGGAUCAGUGGCAAAGAAAGGACUACAACAGUAUUUGUUACAGCUUCAGCACCAUCCCUUGAGAACUAAGGCAAUUACAGCCGGGUUGCUAUCAGCUAUUAGUGACAUUGUAGCACAGAAACUCUCUGGCAUUCAGAAACUUCAACUCAGACGGCUUCUUCUGAAAGUGCUUUUUGGUUUUGCGUAUCUUGGACCAUUUGGGCAUUUCCUACAUAUAAUACUGGAUAAAAUGUUCAAAGGGAAGAAGGAUACAAAAACAGUUGCCAAGAAGGUAGUGCUGGAGCAGUUGACAUCUUCUCCUUGGAACAACAUGCUGUUCAUGAUUUACUACGGUGUGAUCGUUGAAAGAAGGCCCUGGAUGCAUGUGAAAACCAAAAUAAAAAAAGAAUACCCAACAGUGCAGUUCACCUCAUGGACGUUCUGGCCAGUUGUGGGAUGGGUGAAUCACCAGUAUGUGCCACUGCAGUUUCGUGUCAUUUUCCACAGUGUCGUUGCAUGUGGCUGGGGAAUAUUUCUGAAUCUGCGAGCAAGGUCUAUGGCAUUGACAAAAGGUUGAAGUAUGUCUCCAAUGACAGAGUCCCCUAUUCCAGCAACACUACAUAUGACUAAUGGGGUGUGUGCUUUGAAUGAUUAAUUAUUCAAAUUAGUCUUCAUUAUUCAAUAAACUUGAAUUCAUUCCUUGUGCAAAGUUAUUUGCAUGUGAAAAGCAAUGCACCGUGUGAGAUUGUGAAUGAAUUCAAGGACAAGGAGUCUUUUAUCUGUGAUAUGAAAGUGGAAAAUGUACGAGAUUGAAUCAGAAUUCAGAAUGUGUGAUAUUUGAACGUCCGACCUGCAAUGAAAUUGGACUUCUUACCUAA